AUGAACUCAGUUAGCAUUUCCGUGGCCACGGCAUACCUCACAGUGCUGGUUCCACCCAUGGUUACCGUAACACCGCUGACUCAGACCGCGAACGAGACACAACAGGCGGUGUUCACAUGUGAACUGACAGCCGGCACUCCACCGUUCACGUUUGCCUGGGACAGUGGUAGUAUCCCGUCUACAGAGUACGCUAUCGCUCAGCUUUCACCGACAAUAUCCACGUUGACAAUUUCGGCAGCCUUUGUCAACACACAUACUGGAUCAUACACAUGUAAUGUUACACUGGGCAGAGAAGCCAGUUUGAGACGGUCGGCUGAAGCCACUGGCAGCUUAGUGGUCCAGAUUCCUCCGGUAAUAACAGAGUUUAAUGCUGUCACAACGGACAUCUCGCUUAUGCCGACGUUGACUUGUGUCGUUCGUGCUGAACCUCAACCGUCUGUGAUGUGGCUGGAUGCGAAUGGUGCUGACAUUACGUCAUCUGACUUUACAGUGGCUGCCCUAGCACCCAUGGCUAACUUUACAUACACCAGUCAGCUGCAGUUCAAUCGUCUCGCUGCAUUAUUAGAUGAAAUGAUGUACACAUGUGUUGCUAGUAAUGCAGCUGGAAGAGCCGAACAAUCUGCUAUGCUGACAGUGAACGAGGCUCCGUCGAUUGUCCAACUGGACGACGUCACCAUAGUCACUGACCAAAUGGCUCAGCUGGUAUGCCGAGUGCGCGCCAAGCCCCUGGCCAUGAUCACCUGGACCCCACCGCCGGGAGUUGUCACGGCAUUCACAGAUGCGACUGGUCCGGACGCCUCGGACAGCAUGAUUCAGGUCGGCAUCCUGUCGUUCAUUAGCAAUAACGUACCAGCUGACGCUGGCAUGUAUACCUGCAAUGCCGUGAACUCUGUCAAUAUCGUCACGGGUACAGCUUCACUCACUGUCCUUGUUCCACCCAUGGUUACCGUAACACCGCCGACUCAGACGGUGAAUGAGACACAACAGGCAGUGUUCACCUGCGAAGCAACAGCCGGUACUCUACCGUUCAUGUUUGCCUGGGACAGUGGAAGUAUACCAGCUGCAGAGUACGCUAUCGCUCAGGUGUCACCAACCAUGUCUCUAUUGACGAUUUCCUCAGCCUUUGUCACCAGACAUACUGGAUCAUACACAUGUAAUGUUACACUGGACAGAGAAGCCAGUUUGAGACGGUCGGCUGAAGCCACUGGCAGCUUUGUGGUUCAGAGGCGAUAG